AGAUGUUACUUUUGUGCUGUGCAACAUGAUUAUUGCGAAGUGUUUGUGAAAAGUGUAAGAAUGGCAUUGACAAAAGUAUUUUUAUUGUUAACGUGUUUCGUAUUUGGAGUUAAGUGUCAGGCAUCGACUAUAGAUGAAAUUCCUACUGGACCAUUUGAUCAAAAAUUGUUGCAAUCUGUUUUAAAUCCAGAACUAUGUGAAACGGAAAUACGACAUUUGGUUUGGCAGAAUCAGAUAAGUUUAUUGGAGUUUCUCGAUGCUGGUAUUCGAAUACCAAGAAGUUUGUUAAUGGGAAAUUUUGUGGACCUAGGUAACUACGACCAAUGCCUAGGCAUAAAAGCGACCUCGCGAAGUCCAGCCAUCGAAGGAAAGUACUGUACAGUCAGAAUACCAUUAAGUCAAAAUUUAACUAUGCCUUUUCAAUUUACAAAUGGGCAAAUGAAAUUAGUAAAUGUACGAGACUUAAUAACACAGCGACUCAAGAGUAGAGGUAUCGACACAGACCGACUCAUGAGAAAUACUGAAGAAGAUUUAGUUAUUGAAGGUCUUCUAAAUAUGGAAUUAAAGUUUGGUAUUUGUUUACCAAAAACGUGUACACCUCACGAAUGGAUCACAUAUAUGCUGACGAAUGUCAGUAUGGUAGGACUUAAGUACACAACAGAAAUUUGUCGACUCCCCAAUGACAAACAGUGGGUUGUCUUCGAUACCCUUGCGACCAUUGUAUUUUUAUUGCUCGCUCUGAUAACUGUUAUCAGCACCAGUUAUGAUUUACAUUGCACCUUUACCCUAAAACUAGAUCCUAAGAAAAUUAAUCCGACAAACAGAAUGUUCUCCCUGUAUACCAACACAAAGCGUCUAGUGACAUUUGGAAAGACUGCUAAUGCUUUAGAGUGCCUGGAUGGUAUUCGCUCCGUAUCUAUGAUGUGGGUCAUCAUUGGUCAUACAUUCUCUAUGUAUUCAUCUUAUGCAAAUGUGCUGGAUGCAGUAGAUUUUUUAACAUCAAGCGAUUCAACCUGGAUUAGUUCCGGUAUAUUUGCGGUGGACACUUUUUUCACAAUGACUGGUAUUCUGUUAGUUUACACAACCGUGGGAAAAAUUAAACCCAUGCAACUAAUAAAGGGACUUCACUUCUUCUACUUGAACAGAAUAUUUCGUCUAUUUCCGUUGCUCGGCGCGCUUGUUCUUCUAGAAGGAUCGUUCUACCACAGGAUAACUGAUGGCCCUCAAUGGGGAGGCGUAGCCAUAAACACGGACAACUGUAGACGAUGGUGGUGGACCACACUACUGUAUGUACAGAAUUAUGUGAAUCCAAGAGAAAUUUGCAUACCGCACUCGUGGUACCUGGCCAUAGACAUGCAGCUUCAUAUUAUUUCUCCGCUGAUACUAGUGUGGGUAUUAACAAACAGACGGAAGCUCGUGUGGUCUGUUCUAUGUGCCUCCAUUAUCGGUAUCACUACCGCAGCUACAAUAUUUAACUUCUUCAAGAACCUGCCGUCUACAAACGCUAGCUUAAUACGUAAUGACGAACAAGAUAGGUACAUGGCGGUGUUCUAUCAAAAUACUCUGACUCGGGCAUCGCCUUUUUUAAUAGGCAUGGCAUAUGGAUACCUAUUAAAUAUUACAAAAGGGAAGAAAGUUAAAUUACCUGGGGUAUUAGCAACAUUGCUGUGGAUAUUGGCGGGCUUCAUGUUUGCUACGGUUUUCAUCAUGUCUUAUAAUAUACUGCAGUUAGAUUGGGAUAAUCAGUUGGGCGAUAAUAUGUACAACUCUUUCGCACGGCUGAUCUGGUCGACGGCUUUGGGAUGGUUGAUAUUUGCUUGCGUUCAUGGAUACGCAGGUCCACUUAACUGGUUCCUAUGUCUUCCUGUUUGGAAGCUGCCAGCUCGUAUAUCGUACGCCAUGUUUCUCUACCACUACGCUUUCAUGUUCAUUUACAGCGGAAUGAAACGAGCGCCUAUAUUCUUCACGUUUUCAUCUACGAUGGUCGACUUUUUCGCACUCUUGGCGUGGUCGUACAUUGUUGGUUUUGUUGCCACCGUAGUUAUAGAUGCGCCAUUUUCUAUUCUAUUGAAAAUGAUGAUGGGAGGUGGAGGCGGCAAAAAAAGAAGAGAGCCUCGUCCCGCAAAAACUGAAGCACAAGUAGAAAACGGAGAGCCCACUAGAACAGAGAUUACUAACGUUGAUGAGAAAAAAGAAUGAUUUAAAUAAUCAUUGCUAAGGUCCAUUCAUAACGUUCAUAAUGUUUCGUUACAGUAAACGAUACAUAAUGAUAGUCAGAUUAUAUAACAUAAAGAUUUUCGCACGUAAGUGACACAGAAUAUUAAUGAAAGAGUUACAAAAGUUUGAAAAGUACAAAGAGGAAUCCAUCUAUAAACCUACUUUUGUCAGGAGUUCAAGAUAAAUGGCUAAUGUAUUUAUUUCUUAUAAAAAAAUUACACGCGAUAAUAGUAUAGUUUAAAAAAAAAUGUAAAGCAUGCUAUAAGAUAAUAUAGUCAAUAAAUCAAAUAAUAUGCAUAAUCUGUACUAAUUAAUGGAGAGCCGGUUUUUUCCUUCGAUAAAAUAGCAUACCAUAAGAUGCAGCGUGUUUCGGAGAUUUUAGUAUAUGAUAUGUUUGUGAUUACUUAUCCGGGACAUAUAUUUUUUUGACUUAGAAAUAGUUGAAAAUUCACAAUACAAAUAAUUCAAUCAAUGAUAAUUCAUACAAGAUUUUAUACAAUGAUACUUACUGGGUACUUAAUUUACGUGUAAUAAUAAUAUAAUGUACUAUUUUUUAUUGGGUUACAAUUUCACGCGUUUUAAUCCUAAAUGUGUAACACUCGCGUUAAUUAAACGAAAUAAUUUCGUCUCCCUUCUUCAUUAUAUGGCUAUAUUAACUUGAGAAGCGUUGCUCAUAAAUUUUGGACAGUUUAAAACUUAGUCAUUUCUUAAUUAUACAUUUAAUUUAAGCUCAAUUUUUAUCAAACUUGUUUCAGAGAGCAUAUCAUUUUAUAAUAUUUAUUUAUUUAU